AUGCACCCCUUUCUCUUGGCCGUCUCCCUCACUGGACUAGCCAGCGCAUCGGAUAUCGACUCUCUUGGAAAACGAUCUGGUGGAGGUUCCUCAUGGUACUUCUACGAAGCCCUCAAUGAUGAUUUAGCACGCUAUUCAAUUCUGGCCCUCGGCUGUGCCGCUGCCGCGUAUUAUAUCUGGCAGCUUGCCUUUCAUUUCUCUCGCCACCUUCGACGCCUUGCCAGCUUCAGUGAUGACCGACAGCGAUACUUCGUUGCUACGCACAACACUUUCGCGUGGAUCAAGGAACAUAUCAUCUAUGCUGCUCUAUUCCGCACUAGACACAACCAGGAGCUUCAGCUCUCAUCCGCUAUCAACAUGGGAACCCUGCCCAGCCGCUUCCAUGCAUUCCUUAUCACUGGCGUUGUUGCCAUGAACGUUACGCUUUGCUGUGUGACAAGUCCAUACGGCUCCAAGGAAGACACACUGGCCGGUGUUGUGCGUAACCGUACAGGUACUAUGGCGACCGUCAACUUGAUCCCUCUCGUUAUUAUGGCUGGCCGUAAUAACCCGUUGAUUGCUAUGCUGCAUGUGCCAUUUGAUACGUGGAACUUGCUCCACCGAUGGCUGGGCCGUAUUGUGGUCCUGGAAAGUCUUGCCCAUGUGUUUGCAUGGGCCAUUCCCAAAGGGCAAGAAAAGGGCUGGGCUAUCGUCGGAAAGGCCAUGUUUGGCAGCAGCUUCCUUCUCACCGGAUUCGUGGCUGCUUGUGCAUUCACCGCGUUGCUGCUUCAUUCGCCUUCUGCUGUCCGUCAUGCUUUCUACGAGACCUUCCUUCACCUUCACAUUGCCAUCGCAGCAGUUUCCAUGGGCUUCCUCUGGGUCCACCUUAACGGGCUCGUUGCGCAAAAAUACCUGCUCGCCUCCAUCAUCCUAUGGGCUCUCGAGCGCACUACCCGUUUGUUGAUCAUUGUGUACCGCAACUGCGGUCACCAGUCCACCACCGCAACCGUCGAGGCCAUGCCCGGCGACGCUAUGCGCAUUACCAUCCGCAUGGCCCGUCCCUGGACCUUCCGCCCCGGCCAGCACAUCUACCUUUACGUUCCCGCCGUAGGCUGGCUAACCUCGCACCCGUUCUCCGUCGGCUGGAGCGAAACCGAAGACAGCAUGUCCGACGAGAAGUCCCUACCCAUGACAAAGAAGGAUCUUCUUAGCUCGCCACAAAAAGAAACCAUCUCUCUUCUGGUCCGGCGCCGCACCGGCAUGACAGACAAGCUGUUCCAGCGUGCCGUGAACGCCCCCGACUCGCGCGUCACGCUGCGCGCCUUCGCCGAGGGUCCCUACGGCAACAUCCACACCAUGGACUCGUACGGCACGGUGAUGCUCUUCGCCGGCGGCGUCGGCAUCACCCACCACGUCCCCUUCGUCCGCCACCUGGUCGAUGGCUUCGCGAACGGCACUGUCGCUGCCCGCCGCGUCACCCUCGUCUGGAUCAUCCAGUCCCCCGAGCACCUGGAGUGGAUCCGCCCCUGGAUGACCAGUAUCUUGGCGAUGAACCGUCGUCGCGAAGUGCUGCGCAUCAUGCUCUUCGUCACGCGGCCCCGCAAUACGAAGGAAAUCCAGAGUCCCUCGGCCACUGUGCAGAUGUUCCCUGGCCGUCCGAAUAUCGACACCCUUGUUGGUAUGGAGGUUGAGAAUCAGAUUGGUGCCAUGGGUGUCUUAGUCUGUGGUAAUGGUGGUCUGAGUGAUGACGUCCGCCGUGUGUGCCGAAAGAGACAGGCUCAUUCCAAUCUCGAUUAUGUGGAAGAGAGUUUCUCCUGGUAG